AAAUGUCUUUGUUCAUAAAAAAUAGAUUAUAUACUUUCAAAGGUAUCCCUCUCUUGAUGAUGACUGGAAUUGACCUGUCAUCUAACCAGUUCACAGGUAACAUUCCUUUUGAAAUGGGAGAAUUGUCACAGCUUCGAUUCUUGAACUUGUCGAAUAAUUCUCUAACAGGUUCCAUUCCAAUCUCUUUUCAAAACUUGAGAAGCAUGGAGAGUUUGGAUCUUUCUCACAACAAGUUGAGAGGGAGAAUCCCUUCUGAAUUGGUUGGACUCACUUCUUUAUCUGUAUUUAGUGUUGCCUACAACAAUCUGUCAGGAAGAAUCCCAUUUGAGUGUCAAUUCUCAACUUUCACAAGCCAAUGCUAUGAGGGUAAUUCGGAACUCUGUGGAGACCCCCUGUCAAGAAACUGCUCAACCGCAAACCAACUGGAACCUGAACAUAAAGAGCAACAAAAGGACGAAAAAGAAGGAAAUAGAAUGAUUGAUCACCCUUUCUUCUUCUACGCAUUUGUAACUAUGUCCUAUGCACUCGGGUUUUGGACUUUCUUUGGGAUCCUAAUCAUUAAAAAGAACUGGAGGCACAAAUAUUUCAAAGCUGUGGAUGGAUAUAUUGAGUCUUUGUUUGAGCUACUCUCCAAGUACAGGUGAUUAUCAGAUCAAUU